CGCCCUGUUCUGCGCAUGCGCCUCCCGCCGCGCACCGCCCCUUCUGCCGCGCGCAUACGCAGUGCCCGUUGUCUCCCUCCUCGGGGCAGCAGCUCGGCGGCCGCGCUGCCCGGCCCGGCGCGGCCCGGCCCGGUGGAGGGAGCGGCGCGGGGCAGCGGCGAAGCGGAGGGUGGCUGCCAGCAGCGCGGCUCGGCUGUGCUUGGCCGGAGCUUUGUGUUAUUCUUGGAAAGUUUCGCACCACUUGUGAAUUCCUUGAACCUUGGCAUUGCAAGCCCACUUCUGUUGGGCCCUCCUCCUUUACAGCUUGCACAAAUUAAGACACAGUUGGCUCUUCAGCAAUUGACCUCAGUUGCUACCAACCGUUCUGCACCUCCUUAUGCUUGGUUAAAUCAGGCAUUUCUGAAAAGCGCAAUGUUUAGUCCUAGAGGAACUUUACCUCAGAGGCCGAGAGGACCUAAUCCAUCCGGCACAAAGCCUCCAGGCUCCUUUAGGGGAGGAGGUGCGGCAGGUCUUCAGAGAAAGCCUGCUCCUGGAACACCUCAAGGGAUAUCACAAAGAUUUUCGGGCCAGGAAACGUUUCAGUGGACGGGUUCACAGAGGAUAAACGUUCGGGUAACUCUGCACAGGGCUGAUCCGAGGAAGGUAAAAGAGAAGACGAACCUACACCAGGAGCAGAAGGGAGAGCCUCGCACAAGUUGCUGGGAUAAUAGCCCGUGCUCGGCUGGGACAACUGGGCAAAAGCCACCUGCCUCAGCGCGGAUCGCAGAGCAGAAUUCAAAUGCCCAGAACCGCUACACGCCAGAAAGUGCUUCCAGCAUUUUAGCGAGUUUUGGGCUGUCUAAUGAAGAUUUGGAGGAACUCAGUCGCUAUCCAGAUGAUCAGUUAACGCCUGAAAACAUGCCGCUAAUCUUGAGAGAAAUACGGAUGCGUAAGAUGGGUCAUUCUUUGUCUGGUUUGCAUACUCAGAGCCGAGGAGAAGAAACGAUUGGUGGUACAAGUGGUGGCGCAGCAGUCAAGAGUAAAGUGAUUGAUUAUGGGCAUGCGAGCAAAUACGGUUACACUGAGGAUCCCCUUGAAGUGCAUGCUUAUAAUCCUGAAGUGUUAACUGAAGAUCCUCUUGAAGCACGCGUCUAUAAUCCUGAAGCAUCAAGUGGAGAGAAUAGAGAAGACUUCCAACGAGAACAGAAUAUGUCGAUGGGUGUCCCACCAUCCAGUGUGACGUGUAAUCCGGUGUUUCCAGUUGAAGAGUUAAUAAAACCAACGGGGUUCCAGAAUGACUCCUCAAAUACUCGAUCAUUCUUUCCAGCUGAGACUACAGGAAAGGUGUCUGCAUUGUGUGCAACACCCCCUGGACUCCCCGUGGUGAAACCCGUAUCCCAGCCUGCAAUACCGCCUGUCAUGCCACCUAUGAUGCCACCUAUAAUGCCACCCUUGGCCCAGCCCAUGAUGCCACCUGUCAUACCGCCUCUUGUCCAACCGUCUAUGACCCAGCACGUAAUGCCACCGAUGACCCAGCCACCCUUUUCAGCUGAAAUUCUUGCAGCUAUGAGCCAGCACGAAAGAAUUCAGCACGAAUCUGGGACAAGCCAGUCUAAUGCCCAGAGCAGCUCAGGAGCAGGACAGAAGCCCUUCCAGACACAGGCUGAGGGCCCAAUUAAAUCUCCUUUUGGUAUUGUGAAAGCAUCGUGGCUUCCAGUGUUUCCCCAGUCUGAUGCCCAGAAGAUAAAAAGAUUGCCCACUCCGUCAAUGAUGAAUGACUACUAUGCUACAUCUCCAAGAAUAUUUCCACAUAUGUGUUCUCUGUGUAACAUUGAAUGCACUCAUAUGAAGGACUGGAUUCUGCAUCAGAACACUCCUUCUCACAUUGAAAGCUGCCGCCAGUUACGUCAACAAUACCCUGAUUGGAACCCUGAGUCUCAUUCCUCAAAGAGAAAUGCUGGUGACAGAAAAGAAAACCAGACCCCAAAGCGUCGUUCCAACUCUGCCAGUCCCAGUCCUAGACGUUCGAGGGUCACAGGCUCCAGCUAUGUUCUUCGCCGAUCACGAUCAAGAUCCAGGAGCCCUGGCCGCUUCAGGCCAACGAGGCCAAGAAGUCGAAGCCCGCGGCAGAUGCGUCGACUUAGCCCCAGACACAGGUCAAGGUCACCGCAGCGAUCAAGAAAUCCACUAAGAACUAGUCCACGGCCUCAGAGAUCUUCCAGUAAUGAUUGGUCAUCAAGGAGGUCAACCCGAUCUCAAGACAGAAAGGCAGCUCUGGAGGCAGUAGUGAAAAGUUUGGGACCUGGCUUUGUAGCAGAGUUCAAUAAACAUAAGUCACUUCAAGCAGCUGGGCAAGGAUCUUCGGGAUUGGGAAAAUCACCACCCUCUCAUGGACUCCUAGGGAAGAUGCCUGGAAAUAUGAAGAAAGCAUUGAAAACAGGAGUUUCUCCAAAGGCUUCAAAGACAGACGUGCUUUCUUUGCCUGGGUCAAGUUCUUCAUCUCCUGAAACUGAUGAUUUAUCCCAAGGCAAAGAAAUGGAAGAGGAUGAGGAAGACUUACCCACAGGAACCAGUGGACCUCGUCCUACUUCUUCUAAUAGGCUGUUGAGAGAUCAGUUGUUGAGUUGUGGGACAGUCCUUCAAAUAUCUGAUUUACCGGAUGAUGGCUUUUCAGAUCAAGAUAUUAAAAAAAUUGUUCAGCCUUUUGGCAAAGUUAGUGAUCUCAUUGUACUUCGCUCUAGAAAUGAGGCCUUCUUGGAAAUGAACUACAAAGAAGCUGUGAUAGCAGCUGUGAAAUAUGGUGAAACUGUGCCAGUGCUGGUAAACGGGAAACGGGUGAAAAUAAGUGUAGCCGAAAAGCCGAAAGCUUCUCCUGGCCAAGCCAAAAUGAAUGUAAAAAAACGGGCUCUGAAUAUUAAAAAAGUUGCACCAAGUACAAAAAAAGAUCAGAACACUAUCACUAAGACAACUAAAUCCAUUACAGGUAAAAAAGAAAGGACUAAGAAGUCAGUGAUGAUGGGAGAUAGUAAAAUCAAGAAAACUUCAAAUUCUGCGGCAGUAAAAUCUGUAGAUGAAGACCUUCAGACAACAACAGAAGUGGAAACGGAAGUUGGGGAAACUAAGCUCUUGGACCUGAAGACCAUUACAGAAGGGGACAGUGUUACAGAGCCUGAGAAGCCAGCAGAGACUCAGUCCAAAGUUGUGACUAGUCCUGCGCCUGUACUGGAGAAACUUGCACAGAUGCCUCAGGUGGUGGUGUUGGGCUUGGAUGAGUUUAAUGAAGCUUCCUUAAUUGAUCAAGAAGCUCUGAUAACGACUACAAAGAGUGAAGAAUCAACAGAACCCGCUAGCAAGGAACUUGAUGAUACCUGUGUGGUUCUUAUUUCAAACUUGCCUGAGAAAGGAUAUUCUGUUGAAGAAGUUUCCAACCUAGCAAAGCCCUUUGGAGGACCGAGGGAUGUGCUAAUUUUAUCAUCUCAUAAAAAGGCCUAUCUUGAAAUAAAUAGAAAAUCUGCAGAUUCCAUGGUUAAAUUUUACACCUGCUUUCCGAUGUCGCUGGAUGGAAAUCAGCUCUGCAUCAACAUGGUUCCUCAGUAUAAGACUAUAAAAGAUGAGGAAGCAAUAUUUACUGCUUUAAUUAAAGAUUCUGACCCUCAGGUGAAUACUGAAACCAUACGUAAUCAGUUUGUGCAUCUUGGGAACUUGCCAGAUGAUGGAUACAGAGAACUUGAAGUAGUUUGUGUGGGACUUCGAUUUGGAAAAGUAGGCCAUUACGUUGUCCUGAAGAAUAAAAACAAGGCAAUUCUACAGCUGGAUAGUCCCAAAUCAGCCAGAUCAAUGUACAGCUUCCUGAAGCAAUAUCCGUAUAAUAUGGGUGAGCAUACAUUGACCUGUACAUUGUCACCCAAUGGAGAGUUUGUUGAGGCUGAAGUUGUGAAAAAAGAAGUGAAGGAGGAACCAAGCAAAGGAAGCUCUGGCUUGAAAAAAUAUCCAGAGGGAUCAGGAGUGGUGCAAACAGCAGCUGCUAAUCCUCCAGUAGAGCCUAGUGUGGCAAAGAAAGGACCCAUUUCCAUCUCUAAUGUCAAAGACGAGAUGUCAGCAGUACAGAUAGAGCCCUCUGAGUCCCAUCUUGAAAGAGCAGUAAGGGGGUCUGCUGCAAGACUGGCAGAAACGCCUGUGGAGGAAGCGGAUGCUGGAGUUGAAGUUACUGUGGCAUCUAUCAAGUUUGCUGACACCGAAUCGUCUGAAGCGAAGUCAGAAGAGAUGCUGCUGCUGCCUUCCAGUGUGGAGAAAGAAGAGGCAGUUAAAGAUAAUGCUGAACUAGAGCUGUUCGAACCUGCUGUCGUAGCUGCAUCAGAGGAGGAAAUUAAAGCAGAAGAUGAAGAGUUGCCUGCUCCUGCCAUUGAAUUGCCAGAAGAGUUGUCCGAUGUGGGUAAGGCUGAAGACGUGCCGUCAGGUUGUGCUGUGAAGCCGGCAGCGUGGGAAUCAACAGGGGCCGUCCCUGGAGCGGUGCCCCCUGAUUCUGACGCAGCUUCGGUGGAGGUGGUGUCAUCAGUUGUCACACAAACAGACAACAAGUUGGAUGCUCCUGAAAAAAAUCCUGUUUCUGAUGCUGUGAGAACCGAACAUGAAAUGUCUGUAACUCCGAUAGCGGAGAAGAAACCUGUGCUUAGAACUGGGGUGGCCAUGGAGAAGAAACUGGAUGUAGCUGGAGCCGACAGAGAGACGAAACCAGAAGAGCCUGCAUUCAGAGCUGGAAGAGCUGUGGAGGAGAACCCUGAAAACUUUUUGGUCAAGACUGGGGCAGAGGCAGAGAAGAAACUUGAACAAUCUGUGGCCAAGGUUGGGGCUGUUGUGGAAGAUGAUGCAAAUGCUGUCAAUGAGAACAACGAGGGAAGUUUAAUCAAAGCCCAUCAAAAUAAAGGAGCAGGACCAGCAAAAACUGAUGAAGCCCACAAAGCAGUUACGUUAAACUCUUCUUUAUCUGUCAAGGAAUUUUCCUCUGUUGGGAGAACGAUUUUAAAGGCAGUGGUGUCUCUUCCGGAUAUAUCAAAGUCAAGGGUUCCAGUACAGAGAAAAGAGCCUUCCCUGUGUAAAGGAGGGGAACAGAGAGCUCCUUUGAAACCUGAGACCCAGGGCCAAGCAGCAGUGGAGAAGAACAUCGCAUCAAAAGAAGCAGGUCACCCGAAACCUGGUAACAGCCGAUCAAGCCUGGGCGAUGGCAGCGGCAAAUGUAAAGUGAACAGAAGUUCUGUUGUUGAUGGAAAGGGAGGCAAUGGGAGGAAUUCAUCUCAGCAAGAGAAGGACUCACGAGAGGAAUCUAGGGCUAGUUCAAAACAGUCUCAAGAGGGAGAGAGUAGAUCAUCCAGCAUGAAGAAAGACAACAGCAGCAAUAAGGCUUCUGUUGGUGGCAGUGCUAAAGCUUCAAAAAGUGACACUAGCAGCAGUGCAAAACAAAAGGAGGAAGAAGAGCUGUUUCCAUUUAACCUGGAUGAAUUUGUUACUGUGGAUGAGGUGGUAGAGGAAAUUGAGUCUCCUGUUAAAACACGGCGAAAUCCACCAAGGGGUAAGAGAAAAGAUGGUGCUAAAAACAAUUCUUCUGAGCCUAGUUCCAAGAGAAGGAAAGGGAAGAGCUCUGUGGCACGCAUCGCUGAAAGUGAACACUCUUUUGUCACUUUGGAUGAAAUCGGUGAGGAUGAGGAUGUGGCUGCACAGCUAAUGGGAGUUGUGAAUUUAGAAGCGCUGAGUGACCCACAGGGCCUCGUUGUUGUGGAUGAAGUGAUGGAGGAGGAAGAACUUAUGUCAGAAGCAGUAAAGGAUCCACAGUCGCUUGUUACUUUGGAUGAGAUAUCUGAGCAGGAGGACUUUAGUUCUCAUAAAGAUGUCCCUGGGUCAGUUUUCGAGGAGCGGGUUUUGAAAGCUGAACCCUUGGUAACUGUAGAUGAAAUUGGUGAAGUUGAAGAGCUGCCCCUGAAUGAACCUGCAGACUUGAAUAUUGAGGAUGUGCUGAAACACAGGGAGGAUGAUAAAGUGGCCGCUGAGGAUACUGGAGAUUGUGCUUCCUCGCAGGUGCCCGAUGAUCCCAGCGCUUUAGUGACGGUUGAUGAAAUACAAGAGGACAAUGAAGAUAAUCCUCUAGUGACUUUGGAUGAAGUUAAUGAAGAUGAAGAUGAUUUUCUGGCAGAUUUCAAUCGUCUAAAAGAGGAGCUAAACUUUGUUACAGUAGACGAAGUUGGAGAGGAGGAUGAGGAAGAAGAAAAUACUUGCCCAGAGAAAAAUCUGAAUGAAGAUGAAGAUGAUGAAGACAUUGUUGCUGUUGCAGGACCAGAAGAGGAGGAAAUUGCUGCCAUUGCAGGACCAGAAGAGGAGGAUAUUGUUGCUGUUGCAGGACCAGAAGAAAUGGAAAUUCUAGGAGAUACGAGUCCAGAAGAAGAAAUGAUUGCAAUCUCAAAGUCAAAAGUAGAUCAGCUGGGAUCAGGAGAUAAAGAACCCGAGUCUAAGCGGAAGAAAAUGGCGUCUUCAGAUCUAUCGAAGACGCAGAGUGCUCCAAAAGAUUUGGAUUACCUCCUUCCAAAGGCUGGCUUUUUCUGUCAGAUCUGCUCGCUGUUCUACGCAGAUGAAACGUCUGUGAAAAAUCACUGCAAGACACUGCUUCAUCAGCAAAACAUGGAGAAAUUCAUGGCCAAGCAGAAGGAUGAGGAUAACGGUGGGGAAGAGCGGAGUUCAAGGUGAUCGGAGGAAAGAAGAAUUCUUUCAGUGAAUUAAACUUAGGGUCCAGUCAAUUUUGUGUAUUUUGUUAUGUUUUAAUUUGUAAUUUUGUUUCAGAAAGAAUCAUUUAUGUUGUAUAAAUUGAGCUCAGUAUAGACAGACUAAAAGAAAAACAUACGGUGGCUUUGAUUUAUAUAUCAAAUCAUCUGACUUGGAAGAGACUUCUUUUACAAGUGUUGACAUAAAAUAAAUGUUCUUACUGUAUAGUUAACACCA